CUCUCUCUCUCUCUCUCUCUCUCUCUCUGCUGUCUGCGCUCUCCGUCUGACCCAGAGACUUUACGCACAGAUCCAUUCUCUCCAUUCUCUCCAUCUCAUCGUAGCUCUCCUUUAGCGGUCAAAUAAGGACCAACCAGGAGGACUGGACAUGUUUGGGAUGUGGAAGGGGCUCGUCGGGCUGUCCACAUCGUGGUGCCUGCUGAUGCUGGUUCAGUUUUCAUCUAAAGCAGAUGCAGCCUACGUAUGCAGUUCCACUCAGUUUAAGUGUGGAAAUGAGAAGUGCAUCACCCACAAGUGGAUUUGUGAUGGAACUGAUGACUGUGGUGAUGGAACUGAUGAACUACCAGCAACCUGUGCAACCAAAACAUGUCUGCAGUCAGAGUUCAACUGCGGCGAGCCCACAAACCAGUGUAUCCCAGGAACCUGGCACUGUGACGGCAGGGCUGAAUGUCUCAACGGAGCUGACGAGAACAACUGCACGGCCAAACCAUGCAGGGCUGAUUACUUUCGCUGCAGCAACGGUCAGUGUAUAUCCAAAACAUUUGUUUGUGACGGAGACGACGACUGUUCGGACGGCUCCGAUGAGGCUUCCUGCCCCAAACCCAGCUGCAUCCCUGGUUCCUUCCAGUGCAACAACUCAGUGUGCGUGCUGGCCGUGUGGAGCUGCGACGGAGACAGUGACUGUGCCGAUGGAUCGGACGAGUGGCCCAAGAACUGUGUGGGACGGCAGCCGGAGAAGACGGGGCCGGGCUGCGGCAUCCACGACUUCCAGUGUGCAAACGGGGAGUGUAUCCACAGCAGCUGGAGGUGUGACGGAGGCCUGGACUGCAAGGAUCGGUCGGACGAGGUCAACUGCAGUCGUCCCACUUGUCGCCCAGAUGAGUUCCAGUGUAACGAUGGUGCUUGUAUCCAUGGUAGCGGCCAAUGUGACACAGUGCCCGACUGCAGGGACCUCAGUGAUGAGAUUGACUGCCACAUAGAAAAUGUAUGUGAAGGCCCCACGAAGUUCAAGUGUGGCAGCGGGGAGUGUAUCAGCAUGGAGAAAGUGUGCGACAAACAGACAGACUGCGGGGACUUGUCCGAUGAACCUGUCAGUGACUGUAAGAACGAGUGUUUGACUGGAAACGGGGGAUGCUCAAAUUUCUGCAAUAACCUGAAGAUCGGCUACAACUGCUCCUGCCCUGCUGGAUACAGCCUGAAGACGGACAAGAAAACCUGUGAAGACAUUGAUGAAUGUGCUGAGGGAGACACUUGCACUCAGAUCUGCAUCAACCUUCCCGGCAGCUACAAGUGUGAUUGUGGGGAGGGCUACGAGUUCGACCCUGUGAGCAAGACAUGCAGGGCCGAAUCAGGCACCGUACCCACACUCUACUUCACCAAUAGACACGAGGUGAGGAAGAUGACGGUGGACCGCAGCGAGUACGUCCGUCUGAUCCCUCAGCUGAAGAAUGCGGUGGCUUUGGACAUGGACAUGCCUAACAAGAUGAUCUUCUGGUCCGACCUGUCUAUGAAGAAAAUCUACAGCUCCAAUCUAGACGUGGCCGGUAACUCUUCCCACCACUCUGUGGUGAUUGGCAGCAACAUUGAGGCCCCAGAAGGCAUUGCGGUGGAUUGGAUCCAUGGCAACAUCUACUGGACUGACAGCGAUUUGAAGACUAUCUCUGUGGCAACAACAAACGGCAGCAAGAGGAAGACCCUGAUCACAAAAAACCUGCAGAAGCCAAGAGCCAUCACAGUCGACCCUGUGAAUAACUUUAUGUACUGGACAGACUGGGGUGAGGAGGCCAAGAUAGAGAAGAGUGGGUUGAACGGAGCGGAUCGUGUUGCCUUGGUAACAGAUAACAUCAUGUGGCCCAAUGGCAUCACACUUGACAUGGUCAACCAGCGUCUGUACUGGGUGGACUCCAAGAUGCACACUCUGUCCAGCAUUGAUGUGAACGGAGGGACACGACACAGUCUCAUUUCCAGCAAGGAAAAGCUCUCCCACCCCCUCUCUUUGACUGUCUUUGAGGACAGAGUGUUUUGGACAGACAUGAUCAAAAGUGCUGUUUACAGUGCCAGCCGCCUGACGGGGAAGGACAUCACUCUGCUGGCAUCGGACCUGGACCAGCCAGAGGACAUCGUGCUGUACCACACCCUCAAGCAGCAAACCGGUAAAAACUGGUGCAGAGAGAGUAGCAGUGAGAAUGGAGGAUGCGAGUUCCUGUGCCUUCCUGCCCCACAGAUCAACCAGCGCUCUCCUAAAUACACCUGCGCCUGUCCUGACCACCUGACCAUGGGACCCGACAUGAGGACAUGUGUGACACCUGCCACACCUGCUGAAACCAAAACUGGUGCACCGCUCCCGCCCAUAGCUCCCACCAAGCCUGCUGCAACACCAAGACCACCUGUCGCCACCAGUACUACAACUACAACUACAACUACAACCAAAGCUACCAAAAAACCCAUAGCUACCUCUUCUAGCCAGCAAAGCACACAGCAGGCUGCCGCCACUGUUCAAGGUAACCGAUUGGCAGCCUUGCCCGAAGAAGCCCCUUCAUCCCACCCUGUUGCUCUCUACGUCAUAAUGCCGAUAUUGGUCAUGUCCCUGCUGGUCUUUGGAGCAGUGUUACUAUGGAGACACUGGCGCCUGAAGAACAGCAACACCAUCCACUUUGAUAAUCCAGUGUACCAGAAAACCACAGAGGAUGAGCUGCACAUCUGCAGGAACAGCUCUGAUGGCUACGUCUAUCCUCAGAGGCAAAUGGUGAGCAUGGAGGACAUGGAUGUGGCAUGACCCAGAGAUGAAGACGACACUGGCUGUAUUUGAAGUGACACAGGCCAUUUUGUUUCUACUUCUGCUGCUUAACCCCGCCUCCCCAUGAGCUCAUUUUGUGGCUUAUGUUUCUGACCUCAGCACUGUGCCAUCCAAGUCUGAAGAAAAUACUGAAGAAAAAAAAAAAAAAAAAGAUCUUAGAAGAUGAUGUUCUUACUCCCGAAGCCUUGACUCUUUUGAAGCGAUCUGAUAAUUGUCUUAUCUUUGCCACCAAUACGGCCACCUCUGUAUAUUGAUCCAACGCCCCUCACACAAGUUCUACAAGUUUAACUUGAAAAGCCUGACCCAUUCUGUCUUAACAUUCAUGUGCCUUCCAUCCACACUCUGGUAAUUCAGCAAAGUUAAUGGGAUGUGCAUAAAUGCCUUACUGACCUCACUACCUCCCAAACCAGUCUGUUUGGUAGUAAAUGUGAAAGUGCUUCGGCCACAUCGCAUUAAUGGCCUUCAUAAUGAGACUGCGGCCUUCUCUUCUCUUGGGUAAAGGGUUGCACAUUUAGUUGGCUCCAAUAUCAGAGGCUUUUGCCUUUAUCAUCCAUCAUGUCUCCAAUGUAAGCCCCAUUUAAAUCAGUACUCUCAUUUUUUCCUUUUGUGAACCAUUCCUCAAGAGUGUUGGGAGUCACAGGUGGUUUACAUUGUAAAUGGAAACGCUGCUAAGUUUUCUGAAGUCAACCAAAAUGAAGAAAAAUGUCAAGUAAAAAUCUUAUCAUAGCACUGUAAAUAGUUCCUGUAAAUAUUGUGUUAAACUAUCUUAAGGUCAUUCUGAUGUUGCCUUUUUACAUUUGUACAUUUUAAUCAAGAGAAGUUGUAUAUAUGUAAGAGAUUCUUUUAUUUAUUUAUGGAAAUACAUGAGAGAAGGUUUUUGAUUUGUAGUUAUCUGACUGUAAAUACAGUAAUACUAUAUGUUAAGCACACACCACGGUGUAUUGUUUUUGUUCCAGCUAAGCCAGUCUAACCAUUACACUGUACAGCUGUUAUUUAACUUAUGUUCAAUCCAAACUUUGGUCAGCUGCUUAGUUUUUGUGUGUGCGACAUCCUGUACUAGUAACUACUGCAGCGUAUUGCUGCAACUUACACAAAACUGAUAAAGAACCUCUCUUUGUUCCUUACACGAUUGUGUCUUUUUCAGUGAUAAAUUACGUAAUUUAUUUUGCUUGAGCAUUUCUGUAACUAUGACUUUUUGUUUUCACUGUGAGAUACUGUCAUGUGCAAAGCAGAGAAAUGUAUGUAUGGACAACAGCCGGCUUGUUAAUGCACAAAUUUUUAAA